CGCUUGCAAUGGACUGGUGAAAUUAAGAAACUCGUGAAGUUGUUGGUAGGACAAACAAUGGCGUAUCUCCCAAUACAUAGAAUUCUCCCAAAAACUCAAUUUUAAAAUAGUGAAAACACUGAAACUCUAUAACAGUGAAAACAGACAAUGGCGUAGUCAGUGGUCGAUGCUUUGGCUGUGCUUUGUUACGGGUCGAGAGUGUAGAAUCAGUGUUUUUUUGUUUUGACAAGUGUGAAGUGGCGUUUUGAGCGAUUCGAUCUCUGUUGUUUUCUUUAUUUCUGUGCUGUGUGUUGUGCUGAAACCCCCCUACACCGGGAAGUCCAGAGGAAUUAUCGUUACGAUGUUCAGUGAUAGUUGCGGAUACGUCCUCUUCCUGCUGCUGCUGGUUCCCUACAUUGAAAGCGCUCGUCGACUGAACGAAUAUAUACGCUACUACGAAACUCUUUCCUAUCCCACCCACGAGGUUCAUCGAAAUCACUUGAGAGCCAAAAGAUCAGUUACCCGUGACAACGCAGUGACUGUAAAGUUCCGUUCUCACGGAAGAGAAUUUCGCCUUCGUCUGAAGCGAGACUUAAGUACAUUUAGUGAUAAUCUAGUGAUAGAAGGUCCGUCCGGGAAAGAGGAGGAUCUCGACACCUCGCAUAUCUACCAGGGACACCUUGUUGGAGAUCCUGGCAGUCACGUUUUUGGAAGCAUUAGUGAUGGCGUUUUCCAUGGCAAAAUAGUGUCACCCCAGGAUGGAGCCUGGUUUGUGGAAAAAGCACACUAUUAUUUUCCUCCACAUCAAAUCAACGAGACGUUGCACUCUGUGAUAUAUCAUGAAAACGAUGUCGGCGACCCCUACGCUGACGUUCGAACAGAUUCUGGAGGUUGUGGAAUCAAUGAUGAUGUGAUACAGUGGAUGGACAAAAUUCAAAAUUCUGGUGAACCAGAGACUCCACUGCCCAAUGCGAAAACGAAAGAAAGUAGAGAAAUUCCUAAGGUGAAAUAUUGGGACGGUGUUAGUGAAAGUCCAGGUCACAAGUACACCUGGGAAGCCAAUCAACCUGAAAAUCGAAGAUCGAAAAGGGCUACGAGGCCAAAGGAGGAAAAUAAAAACACCUGCUCGCUCUUCAUUCAAACAGAUCCUUUAAUAUGGAGGCACAUAACAGAGCAGCUUCAUCAAGACGCAGAGAAGACGAGGGAAGAAAUUUUGUCACUAAUUGCUCACCACGUCACGGCCGUAAAUUACAUUUACAGAGAUACCAGGUUCGAUGGAAGAAUAGAACACAGAAAUAUCAAGUUUGAAGUUCAGAGAAUCAAGAUUGAUGACGAUUCCGCGUGCACUCAAAUUUCUAAUUCGAAUUCGAAUUACAACAACGACCAGAAUCCAUUUUGCAUGGAAAAUAUCGACGUUAGCAAUUUUUUGAAUCUACACUCAUUGGGAAAUCACGAGGACUUUUGUCUAGCUUACGUCUUCACUUACAGGGAUUUUACUGGCGGCACUCUUGGUCUCGCGUGGGUAGCUUCGGCUUCCGGAGCCUCUGGUGGAAUCUGUGAAAAAUACAAGACUUAUACAGAAACCGUUGGUGGGAUGUAUCAUUCCACUAAAAGAUCCCUAAAUACUGGUAUCAUUACUUUCGUUAAUUACAAUAGCAGAGUACCGCCCAAAGUUUCUCAACUGACUCUUGCCCAUGAAAUUGGACACAACUUUGGGUCACCGCACGAUUUCCCACCCGAGUGCAGACCAGGAGGUCUUCACGGAAACUACAUAAUGUUCGCCUCGGCAACGAGCGGCGAUCGUCCAAAUAACAGUAAAUUUUCAAAAUGUAGUAUCGGAAAUAUUAGCAACGUCCUCGACGCAAUCGAGGACAACAAGAAACGAAAUUGCUUCUCAGCUUCGGCUGGUGCCUUUUGCGGGAACAAAAUUGUCGAGGCCGGCGAAGAGUGUGAUUGUGGCUACGACGACGAAGAAUGCAACGACAGAUGUUGUUAUCCACGACAAUUAUCUGAACAAGACAGGCAGAGAAAUCACACGGCCAAGGGCUGUAAUAGAAAAGCUGGAACACAGUGCAGUCCCAGCCAAGGUCCUUGUUGCUCAAGUGAAACGUGUCAAUUUGUUCCACUAUUUCACAAAGUUCAAUGCAAAGCAGAAUCUGACUGUAGCUAUAAUUCAACGUGCAAUGGGAGAUCGUCCGAAUGUCCUGUACCAUUGCCGAGAGCCAACAAGACGAGAUGUAACGAAGGGACGCAGCUGUGUAUCAAUGGCGAGUGUACAGGUUCCAUAUGUUUGGAAUGGAAUCUCAGUGAAUGCUUCCUAACUAGUAAUAUAAUUCCGAAUAUCGACAAGCGUAAACUUUGCGAAUUGGCGUGUCAAAAUGGAACUGAUACGUCGAGUUGUCGCAGCACCAGUGAGUUUGCUGACAGUGUUGGAUUGCCAGAAGGCGGAAUCAGUUUGAGACCUGGCUCUCCUUGUGAUAACUUCCAAGGCUACUGUGAUGUAUUUUUGAAAUGCCGUGCAGUCGAUGCAGAAGGUCCUCUCGCUAGAUUAAAGAAUCUUCUCUUCAAUAAGGAGACUCUGCUGACCGUUGCACAAUGGGUCACGGAAUAUUGGUGGGCAGUUCUCCUCAUGGGAAUAGCUUUCAUCAUCUUCAUGGGCUUCUUCAUUAAGUGCUGUGCAGUUCAUACUCCUUCGAAUAAUCCAAAAAAGCCACCGGCCAGACGCAUUAGUGAAACUUUAAGAAGGCCGAUGAACACGUUAAGACGAAUGCGACAUCCUCAUGGAGGGGGCGCAGGUCCAAGAAGUGUUCCUCCAAGGCAAGGAGGUCACGGAAGUCGAGGACCUUCUCAUGGUUAUGGAGAAGGAAGAGGUGCUCAGUAUUAUCCUAAAGGAUAUCGCUCGGUUCCCACAGCUAGUGCGCCACCAGGCAGCGGCGGUGCAGCAGCCAACCACAGUCGUUCCAACCACCCCGAAUUGUACGCCGGCGCCUAUUCGGGCUCCGGGGGAGGGGGGAGGUCCUCAGCCUAUGAGAUGAGACAUCACAACAAGGUGUGACGAGCUUCUACUGUUACGAUAAAGAAUAAAUAAAUCGAGAAUCAGAGUCGCACCCUGAAGAUUUGAAGAAUUUCAGUGAUAUAACCCGAUAAUAUAUCAAGAUGAUCACCCUGAUCAAAGCCUACUUUAGGCAAGUGUUCUCCAUUUACUGAUGGACCUUUGUCAUCAGAAAUCACGACUGCUGCAAUGAUCUAAUUCCUCACGUCGUUAUAUUUCUCACAAAGGCUAUCUAAUCGACAUUCAGACCAAACGAAAUUCUCGGCGAUCCAACCGAGAAUCAAGAAUUUCUUUUUCUGAAAAAUGUUUAGCAUUUUCUGGAUUGCUUAUAGACAAGAAAUUGUUAUUUUGCUGCCGCUCAUGUAUUCAUUUCAUUUUUGAGGAUUUCAUCAAUUUGACCCGUGAAUAGUCGGGUCCAGGUGACACUAUCUUGAAAUCGAACAAACAGUUUAUUAGCUCACGUUUUCUAUAUUUAUUGUCUUUAAUUAAUUUAAGUUUUAUGUCAGCACAGUUCGAUGUAAUUUAUUUUUGGUACGAUUCUGUGAAUAUACGACAUGGGAUUGAUAUUAGGAUGUAUUGACCAUAUGAGAACUGCCAAAUAAUCUUCCAGCUCGAGAUUGUAAUUUGUAUUUGCCUGCUUUUUUCCUGUGUCGUAUUGGCAGAGAAUUCUCCAACGGUCAUUGGUUCCAGACAGCGAACGACCAAGGUUAGAAAUUGCUGUUUGGAAUCGCACAAAUUAUAGAGCAAGAUUAAAUAGUUUUAUUCUAAGGACCUUUCCCUGGUCAUACCUUUAGCCAUUUAUUUCUAUAAAGGUCGAAAUGCUCAAAAUAAAAUCUGCCUUAACUUAGUAUUCAAUAGCCUAAAUGAUUCGAAGUAAUGAUUCGAAUAACCCUGAUGAUUCAUGAAGUUUCAUAUUUGCUCUCUUAGUUAAAACUUGUGGUAAUCAAUUCUUCCUGCAGCGAAUGAAUUUGAUUAUUUAAGUUAGAACUAUAACAAUUUUGAGGAGGCAGAUUUUGUUGCUAAUUUCGACUGACUGCAACGAAAUAUCUGGCAUUCAGCAUUACCAAAAUAUUACAGGUCAUUCGUUUGAUCUCUGUAACAUUAUAGUAUGACACUUGCUGUAAUGGUACAUCUUAUUCUUAUACUACUGUUUAUUAGCCAA